UACAAGGUUUGUCACACUAGCAUAAAACGUCAAAACAAUUCAGUGUCUCUCCCUGAGUUUUGCUUGACAGUAUUUUGUGUUUCCAAUUGAUCGGGGAUAAAGGGAAUUAAGAUGUCCUCGAUGAAGCUGAGGCACAGCAUUUUGGAUAAGCCACUGAGUCGCGGAAAGGGAGAGGUGUCGCUGAGCUGCUUUGCGCUACUUUUCUCCGAAGUUGUUCAGUACUGCCAGAAUCGGGUGUAUACUGUGCCUGAACUGCAAGCCAGACUUCACGAGUUGGGGCAGGAUGUCGGCACACGUGUAAUCGACAUCUAUUUCGUGCGAGAACGCAGUUCCAAAAGAGAAACCAAACUAACAAACAUGUUGCUGUUCGUGAAAACAACAUUAUGGAAGAAUCUAUUCGGAAAGGAAGCGGAGAAGCUGGAGCAUGCUAACGACGACGAGAGGACGUACUACAUCAUCGAGAAGGAGUCGCUCGUAAACAUGUUCAUCAGCGUUCCCAAGGACAAAGGAUCCCUGAACUGUGCGAGUUUCAUAGCAGGCAUUGUCGAGGCGGUGCUCACACACUGCGGUUUCCCUUGUAAAGUCACCGCCCACUGGCACAAGGGAACAACGUACAUGGUUAAGUUCGAAGAUUUUGUUAUAGCAAGAGAUAAGCAACUAGAAGAGAAGUAAAAACGCAGUUUUAAAGUG